AUGGGAGAUGAGGGCCCUGGGAUCCCGGUGAAAGGGUGAAGGUCAGAGCUUCCUGUUUAGCCUCUGCCAGAGCGCCUUUGGGCUGGCGGGUGGUGGGCACUUGGGGCUGAGGAGGAAGCACCUCUGAGGGGGUUAAUGAAGACAAGAUGGACCUGAGGGCUUGGAGGACAGACCACAGUUUCUCACCCAGGACAGGCUGUGUCCUCUGUGAGCACCCACCUGCUGAGGGGUGAAGAGACAAGAGGCUAGAAGGAAGCUCUCAGGGUAGGACGGGAGAGCUAGUCCAUGCCCCCUUUCUCUGGUCCAUGGAGAGUGGGGACGGGGCCUGGGCAUACUUGUGCGUGUGUGUGGGCACGCCCACAGAGGUGGACACAUGGGUCUGGGUGACCAAGGUUGCAGGAGGCAGACCCAGGCGGUCAGGCGGGUAGACGGCGGUGUGGUCAGAACCCCUCCGGUCCUCCACGUGGCUGGAGGGAUCUGGACCCAGCUCCCUCUGAGACCACAUCUGCCCAAACCCCUUCCUCUUUGAGAUAUUCCUCCCCACCUCCACAUAUAAACUUCCUCUUUUCCAUCACAUCCUCCCUGGGCCUUAGGGGAGUCGAUGGCCACUCAUUGUCCAGUCUCCUGCAGCCCAGGCUCCAGCUGCCCCCUCCGGCAGCCCCCAUCUGUGCAGCCCACCCUUCCCCCACCCGCAGGCCUAAUGCCAUCCUCCAUGAAGCCUGCGCCAUGGCUGUGUCUGGGCCUGGGAUUCAGAACUCACUGGUAAUCAGAGCACCGAGUGGGGUGGUCCGUGGUUUCCCUGGACAUAAAAAUACCCCUGACCGGAGGCACCCCCACCCUGUCUCAGGCAGCCUCCGUCUCAGGCAACACUUCCGCAGCCCUGACAGGAAAUGGGCUGGAGGCUCAGCCUCCCGCCAUCUCAAGGCAACUUCUUGUUUCCCUGUUGCCUGUGCCAGUCUUGGGGUUGUACCCCUUAACUCCACCCCCAGAGCCUUCCCAGGGCUGCAUCCCAGCAGCUCAGAGGGAACAGGAUGGUGGACAUCAUCGCCAAACUGACCAAGAGGAAGAGUCGGGAGCUGUGGGGACAGGUGGCCGCGCCUCCGGAGCCCGUGUACGCGAACGUAGAGAGGCAGCCUCCGGCCACAUCGCCCCGCGCUGCCGCCGCCCCUCGCAGUGUGGGAGACUCGGUGUGGGAGACACACACGGACGCGGGCACCGGGCGCCCCUACUACUACAACCCGGAGACGGGCGUGACCACCUGGGAGUCGCCCUUCGAGGCUGCCGAGGGCGCCGCCAGCCCGGCCACGUCCCCGGCCUCGGUGGGCAGCCACGAGAGCCUCGAGACCGAGUGGGGCCAGUACUGGGAUGAGGAGAGCCGCAGGGUGUUCUUCUACAACCCGCUGACGGGCGAGACGGCUUGGGAGGACGAGCUCGAGGACCAGCCGGAGGACGAGCAGGAGAUGCAGCCGGGCCUGAGCCCUAGCAGCCCCAGGGACCAGAGGCCCCCCACCCCCGAGACGGACUACCCCGAUUUGCUGACCGGUUACCCAGAGGAAGACUAUUCCCCCGUGGGCUCCCUCAGUGAGCCCGGCCCCGCCUCUCCCUUUGUCACACCCCCAGGCUGGUCUCGCCAUGUGAGCCCAGAUGGGCAGACGGUGUACACCAACAACAUCACCGAAGAACAGUGGGUGAGGCUGGAGAACCAACAUGGGAAGCCUUACUUCUACAACCCAGAUGACGCCUCCGUUCAGUGGACUCUGCCCCAGGUCCCAGUCCCCGUCCCUGCCCCUCGAAACAUCCACAAAUCCAACCAGGACAGUGAGACCCCAGCCCAGGCCACCCCCCCAGAAGAGAAGAUCAAGACCCUGGACAAGGCAGGCGUGCUCCAUCGCACCAAGAUAGUGGACAAAGGAAAGCGGCUCCGGAAGAAGCACUGGAGCGCCUCCUGGACAGUGCUGGAGGGCGGAGUCCUGACUUUCUUCAAAGACUCGAAAAACUCAGCUGCCGGUGGCCUGAGGCAGCCUUCCAAGUUCUCUACCCCUGAGUUCACGGUGGACCUGAAGGGGGCCUCUCUCGCCUGGGCCCCCAAAGACAAAUCCAGCAAGAAGAAUGUGCUGGAGCUUCAGACCCGAGAUGGCUCAGAAUACCUGAUCCAGCAUGACUCGGAGGCCAUCAUCAGCACCUGGCACAGUGCCAUCAUCCAGGGCAUCCAGGAGAUGUCCGCAGACCUGCCUCCCGAGGAGGAAAGUGAGAGCAGCGGCGUGGACUUUGGGUCCAGUGAGCGCCUAGGAAGCUGGCGGGAGGAUGAGCCACGGCCUGGUGCAGCGCCGCCCACCCCGGGGCCCGGAGGCCUGGAGAGUGACAUCAGCAAGGUCCGGCAGAAGCUCCGCAAGUUCCUGCUGAGGCGGCCCACGCUGCAGUCGCUGCGGGAAAAGGGCUACAUCAAAGACCAGGUGUUCGGCUGUCCGCUGGCCGAGCUGUGUGAGCGCGAGAAGAGCCUAGUGCCGCGCUUCGUGCAACAGAGCAUCCGCGCCGUCGAGGCCCGGGGGCUGGACAUCGACGGUCUGUACCGCAUCAGUGGAAAUCUGGCCACCAUCCAGAAGCUGCGCUAUAAGGUGGACCACGAUGAACGUCUGGACCUGGAAGACGGGCGCUGGGAGGACGUUCAUGUUAUCACCGGCGCCCUGAAGCUUUUCUUUCGAGAGCUGCCCGAGCCCCUCUUCCCCUUCUCACACUUCCGCCAGUUCCUCGCGGCCAUCAAGCUGCAGGAUCCAGCCAAGCGUUUCCGCUGUGUGCGGGACCUGGUGCGUUCGCUGCCCGCCCCCAAUCACGACACGCUGCGGGCGCUCUUUCAGCAUCUGUGCCGGGUGAUCGAGCACGGAGAACGGAACCGCAUGUCCGUGCAGAACGUGGCCAUAGUCUUCGGGCCCACGCUGCUGCGGCCCGAGACGGAGGAAGCCAGCAUGCCCAUGACCAUGGUGUUCCAGAACCAGGUGGUAGAGCUCAUCCUACAGCAGUGCUCGGACAUCUUCCCGCCGCCCUGACCGCGGGCCCCCAGCCCCACCCCCGCCGCUGAACCUGGGAGUGGGGGCGGUGACAGUGGGCCUGCAUGGGCAGCUGGAGGCCACGCGGCUGGACUGUUGAUCUCUGAGACCUCCGCCUCCCUCCAGACCGUAGGCGGGUGCGAAUUCUGCACCCCCUCGGUUCUGAGGCUAUGGUGACCCCUGGUGGGCAGUUCGCAAACUGUGCUCCCGCCCUCCCCCGGAGUUGGCCUGUUCGUAGGUUAAUUGGGGUCUGUCCUUUACCACAGCUCCACCUACUGGGCACGUCCGAGAAUGCAGGGUUGGGGGCGAGUUUUCUGGGACAGCAGCUGAUGCCGGGCGGAAAUGGCUGAGGGCCUUCCUGGCUUCGUUAGGCCUGCACCUGGUGGAGGCCUUCACGGACACCCUGCGGGUCCCCGGCCCUGUGCGUGGCACUGUGCUAUCAUGAAGCAGCAAGCGACAGCUUCCCUGCUGCGGAAACAGGACUGAUCCGGGCCUCCAGUGGGCGGCUGAACUUGCCUUUCCCCAGGUCUCUGGGCUCCUGCUGGGCUUAGCCACAGGCUGACUGGGCACCAUUUUCAUCCCCUUCUCAGUUGGAGUUCUGGGUCUCUGCCUUCCCUUGAUCCACUUUGUGCUCUGUGCGAGGGUUCUUCCUGGUCACUAAAUGUGUACCCUGCUCCUGCCACUUGACACACACCAUUUCUACUCACAAUCCCAUUUUACAGAUGAGGAAACUGAGGCUAACAGAGGCAAAGUGACUUGUUCAGGGUCUGGUGGGUGAUUGGACUCCCCAGCUCAGCCUUCUGUCACACCAGAGCACAGCUUCCUGUGAAGGUGACACCAGCCUUUUCAGCUAACCCCGCAUCCCCCCCCCCCACCAGCAUGGCCUUAUGGGUAAAGCAGUGAAACUAGGCUGGUGGGCUCUGUCUGAGACGCUCCUUGAGGGCAGAGAGGGAGUCUGCCCUAGCCGUUCUUCUCUGGGGGGAGGCGUGAUGGCACUGGCAGGAGCUAUCCUAGCCCGCUCACUGCCCUCCCUGACAGGCAUGCCUCCCUGGUGCCCACCUGGUGAAGAACUGGGGAGAGAAACCUGCAGGGUAGGGGGAAGGCAGGCACGACCUCAGGAAAGGAAGUGUGAACCCAACCCCGGUGUCAUCGGCCCCGCUUCCCUUCUUAGACACAAACCACCUCAGGUUAUGGGUCUCAGCCUCCUUCCCCCGCUCACCCGUUGAUGCGUUCAAACAACAGAAGCUAAUAUUUAUUGACAUUUGUACCAAGCCAAGCAUCCUACUUGGAUUACCUCCCUCGUUUCUCACAGCCAAUAUUUAUUAUCUGCUCUUCUGUGCCAGGCACUGUGCUCUGGGGCAGGGGUACCGCACUCUGCCUCCCUGGUGGAACUUCUGGCCUGGUGGGCGGGACUGACCCAAGCCCACUCCUACUGCCAGCAGGCCUGGGGCAAGAGUACAGAUGGAGGCUUCAUAUCAUACGUCAACAUGCUGUAAAGUUAUAAAUCAAGCUGAAUCAAUAAAAUGUGUUCUAUUCUCCUA